CCACGCCCACUCGGCUCCCCGCCGCACGUCCCGCCCCUUCCGGCUCCCACUUCCGGGCACCAGCGCGCCUCUGAACCGCCUCUUCGCACUCCUAUUGGCUGUGGCGUCGGCCGCUAACCGCCGCGGAGUUUGAACCGGAGGACGAGUCGGCUGGGCGGCGGAGCUCCCGGGGCGCGAGGCGGUCUCCGAGGCUGCGGGGACGGUGAGUCGGCGCCUGUGAGGCCGCUGCGGCCGCCACCACCGGCUUGCAGUGAUGGACUACCCGGUGAUGGAAGCUGACACUCUUACUUCAGGAAUCAAGAGACGAGUGAAAGACAGAAUUGCAAAGACAAAGUUAAAUGUUUCUCUUGCUUCAAAAAUCAAAACAAAAAUAUUAAACAAUUCAUCUAUUUUCAAGAUCUCUCUAAAGCACAACAACAGAGCCUUAGCUCAGGCUCUAAGUCGAGAGAAAGAGAAUUCUCGAAGAAUCACUACCGAGAAGAUGCUAUUACAAAAAGAAGUAGAUAAACUGAAUUUUGAAAAUACCUUUCUUCGCCUCAAGCUAAGUAACUUGAAUAAGAAGCUUAUAGAAAUAGAAUCCCUCGUGAACAACAAUCUGAUAACGGCAAUCGAAAUGAGCAGCCUGUCUGAGUUCCAUCAAAGUCCCCUUUUCCUGUCAGCUAGGAAGAGGAAAAGGAUCAGUAAGCAAAGCAAGUCCGUGCAUCUUCCAUUUGCAAGGGUUCCAUUAACUUCAGAAAAUGACGACGAUGAUGAUGGUGGUGGUGAUGAUGGUGGUGGUGAUGAUUGGAGAACAAAGUGUUACAGCAGAAUUGCAUCAAAGACGUCACCUGACGUCGCCUCUUCGCUCUCAAGACAAUCUUUGUCCUUACGCCAGUGUAACUUGGAAGUAUUGCUUCCCAAGGAAGAUAACCAGAAUACAUGUGUCUCCAGUUAUUCAGAACAAACUUCUAGUGUUGAUGUCCUUCCUAAAGAAAGCCGUGAUGACUCAGAAAAAAGCCGUAAGAGUUCUCUGCAUGAGGUGAAACCUGCGCCAUCUUCCGGUCUCAGCAGGGAAAAACUGUCGCUUAACAAUGUGACUGAGAGGAGAAAGCGGGGGUCUUCUGCAGAGAACCCGCACGGCACGGACUCAGGUUACCCACAGAUGUCCAGUCCAGGGUUCACCUGGGACGUUGAGAUAAAUGGCUGUGCUGGGGAAACCAGUAGUAAGAUGCAAGGAGAUACACAGUGUUCUCCCCGCGUCCCUUCUGAGUCUGCUGGCGACCCUCAGACUCAGCCCACGGCCACAGUGCGGAACACCCAUGGAUUUCAGUUGCAAGAAUCCGUGUACGAAAACGCCGACAUGGAUUUAACUGCCAGCGAAGUGAACAAAAUCAUUGUAAUCUCAAAAAGCAAUAAAAAUCAAAGGAAGAAAAAGACAGACUGUGGAAAGGAAGCGUUCAGAAAAGUGAAAGAUCCAAGGUCUGACAAAAGGAGAGAAAGAUCAAAGAAAACAUGUAAAGGUAGUUCAGAAAUGGGUGCUGAGGGAAAGAUGGAAAACGGACCAGAAGGAGGCUCUGUUGUCUUAGAUGGCAGAGGGGAUUCGGAAGAUCCAAAUUGUAUUCCCAGUACUGAGCCGCCUCAGGCAAACAUGCUGAAGGAAAUAACCCUCCCAAGCAGCUUGGAUCAGGAGUCCAUCCAAAAUAAAAAGAGGAAGCAAAGAUGUACAACAGACAAGCAAGAGGAAACACACCCUUUCUCUCCAUGUUCAGUCAGACUCCUUCAAGAUCGUGAGUUUGAUCAGUGUCAGAAAGCCCUACAUUGUAAUAGAAGUAAGCCUUCUCGACAGACAUUUGUGAUUCGUAACUCAGAAAAGGAUCAUUUAUAUCCAAACCAGAAGGAUGAAGAGACCAGUUCUGAAAAGCUAGACGUUGAGAAUGAACUCCAUAUAGCUGAUAUUUCCAAAAAAGAUAACAAAACUAUAUGUGACUUUGAGACCCAGACUACGUUGGUCAAUGCGCAGCAAAUUCAGUCCAAGCUAAAUAAGCCUAAGCUGAAAAUGAUAAAUCGGAGGACAAAAAUAAUUUCUAGUAUGAACCAAAUAUAUGAGGAUACCGACAAAGACAUCCCCCUCCAAACCCACACGAGUAAAGAGCCCACCUGUGGAGCCAUAGACGCUGCAAAAGAGUUAGAAGCACCUCCACUUGUCGCAAGAAACAUCGGAAGCUUACAUGACUGUCAGGUGCAGAAUGUUCUGGAUUUGUCCAAGCAAGUCACCAGUAUGCACCCUGCUCAGAUAGAGACCCGUGUUAGCAGGAUCCCUAGGCACAAGGUAAACCGUAAGACAGAAAUAAUCUCCAGAGUGAAUGAUUUUAGUAAUGAUGGAGGUGAUCAUUGUUCAGAAAUGGGUGAGUCUUUCUUACUUCAAAAGGAUAAAGACAUCCCCAGAACCUUAAAAGAUUUUAGUAAGUUUGAAGUGUCUGCUUUUUGUAACAAAGAUAGUGCAAAGGUAUGUGAGUCUGAGACUCCAACACUCCUGGGGAUGAGAACGCACGACCGUGAUAUGCAACCUGCUAGUCACAAGGAUUCAAGAGAAGAUAGGAAGCCUAGACAGAAGGCACUUCGAAAGACAGAAGUAAUCUCUAAAACCAACCAAAUGCAUGAAAAUGAUGAAGGAAGUGUGCAUGACCCAUUAAAUAAGAAGGUCUGUCAGAAGGUCAAUAAAUCAGAAAUCGUUUCUCAAGUGAACCAAAUAUAUGAGAAUACUAAUACAGACGUGAAUGGCUUUAAAAGCUGUAUCAAAGACCAAGUGGUUACGAGUUCCUACUCUGGAGAAAUCAAUAGUAAUAAAGAGGGAAAUGGUGACCCAAUUCCAGAUCCAUGUGUACUAGUUAAAAAGCAGAGGAGAGACUUUGCAGGCAGAGCAGAGAACAUCUUGGCAGGAGGGAAGAGCGAGCGCACUUUGCAGCUUCCAGGUUCCUCGCAGCAGUCUGUCGCCCUGGAGUCUGGAUCACACCAGAACAGGAACGGAACAGAUGCUGGUCCAAAGAGCCAGGAAGAGAGCAUUGUGCUUACACUGGGAGAUGCCGGCUCUCUGGGCGUGGCCAAAGGAGGAAGCUGCCCAGCCAAAAGAGGAGAUAGAGUGACAUCCAAAUCAAAGAAAAGAAAGGCACCCCUAGCUCUUUCUUCAGGUACCCAUGGAGCGGUGGAAAUGACACCCAGCACUGACCACACGAAGUCAGUCGACUCCCAGCAGGCUGAUAAAGAAAACUACUUGGAGGAUGGGAAAAUUGCCAGGAAUAAACCGGACUUCUGCACAAAGGCAUCUAAACCUUUAUCUCAGAUGCGCUCGUCUAACAUAAAGAAUUCUUCCUUCGAUGAUGUGUGGGAGAGCUCCCUGCCUUUGACGACGACUUCUUGUAAAAAUCUGCUGAUGGAAGGAAGUUCUUUCCUGGAGAAUGCAUGCAUUUUUCCAGCAGGUGGUCCUCCUGAAAAGACAAAGGAGAGGACUCAGAAAAGCUGCCGCAGAACGCAGAAGUCUGAAAUAGGUAGAGGAAUAUUCCCGGACUUGGUGGACACCAGUUCUGUGUCGAGCAACCCCGCUAACCCCGAGAACGGGUCAGAAGGGCAGGCUGCAGAGCUGACGAGAAGGAAAAGGCAGUGCGCUCCUCUCAACCUGAGAGAGCCGAACCUCGUAAGGCAAGUGUGGCAGGGCUUGUCACUGUGCUUUGAGAAACACUUGGCACUCCUGAAUGUCAGUCACUAAUCAUGUUUGUGUGUACACAGGAUGAACUUGGGAGAGAUGCCAUCAAAAUGUAACUUCUUUUUCUUUCAGCUCUGGUUUUAAACUAAAUUAGUUUCAGUUAAUUUCCAUCUUACUGCUGUCAUUUUAGAGACUUUAAUUGGUGACUAUAAUUUUUAUAUUUGUUGAAUACAAUUUACCAACCACUGUUUUCGUAGCUAUUACUCACAUUUAUUUCCUGCGCUGCUCCCUAGAAGUCAGUGUGGUUUAUAUUUCCUUUGGUCCCGAAGAGAAACAAUUUUUUUUCUUAAUUUUUUUAACUGCAAAUGUACUCUCGCAAAGAAAGACUUGUAGCCACUUUACCCAUCUACCCCUCCUCAGCUUCAGUAGUUAUCGACAAUGUGCUGGGUUUCGUUCAGGUGUGCUUCUAAAGCAGGUCUCUGACGCUGAGUGAUUCCGUUCAUAAAACACUUCUGUAUUUGUCCUUAAAGAAUAAGAUUUUUCUGGGCCGGAGAGAUGACUUCAUCAGCAAAGAGCCUGAAGACACUCGAGGACCUGAGCUCAGAGCCCCAGAAAUCGCGUCCAAGUCAGGCGGGGCAGCGUGCGCUGUCCUCCCAGCCCUGGAGAGGGAGGGGCAGACAGCAGGGUCCCCGUGCUUGCUGGCCAGCCAGUGUAGCGAAUCUAAGUUCAGUGGGAGACCCUAGCUCAAAGAGAGUCAACUGAGGAAGACAUUUUGACACUGACGUCCGCCUGGCCUCUACACAUGCACAAGCACACACACAUGCACACUCAUGAAUUUCUUAAUGAAGUUACCACAUUAGGAUGCAUCAGGACUUGGUUACAGCUUGCAUGAGGCUGUAGUGCACAAAACUAUAAAUUCUUACUGCCUUCUAAUAACCACUCUUUGCAGAUUUCCUUCAUUGCCAUAAAAAUACUCCAAUGACUGUUGAUGUUGUUUUGUUCAGAAAUCUCAGGUUUUUAAAGCUAAGUCAAGUAACCUAUCUCAGCUUUUUUCUCAAAAUUCUCAAAAAAAUCCUAUUGUAUACAAAUAUUUUACGUAAGCUGGCGGAAUUGUCACAAAAUGUCCUUUGGGUCCUUUCACUGUUUGGUCCUGUCAAACCCUGAUGAUCCCGUCGGGCGUUUUCCAGCAGGAACCAGCAGGUGGCAGUACACCACGGAGGGUGAAAUGGGAAGGAAGGGCCAAGGGGGUUUUACAAGUUAGCUCUUUUGACAUGUACACUCUGUCUUUGGGGACAUACUAUAUGUUGCCCCCAUUGUGAAGUGCAUAGAAUCAUACAUAGGUUUUUAAAAGUGCACAGAUAAGGGAUGCAGGGCAUACUUGAGUGGGCGAGCCCUUGCCUGUAUACAAGGCUGUGGGUUCAAUUCCAAACACCACCAAGUAAACCCUCUCACAA